GCCUUUGUCCUGGUUGCGAUUGCAAAGUUGACUGCAUUGACUUGCUUAAUGAUCUUCAAAGAACAAACCUUUUCACCACUGAUAGCUGGGAGAAAGUAUAUCCCAAAGAAGCUGCUGCUACGUCCGGGGAGAAGCUAGAUGAUAUUUAUGAACUUCCAUCGGAUGACUCAGAGAAUGGACUGCCUGACAUACCUUGUUCGAAUGAAGUUUCUGCUAAGCAUUUACGUGAAUAAAUUUCUUUGCCUGAGCAUGAUUUGAAAGAUAGAAAGCCCAAUAUGGUGUUGUCGGGAAAUAAUUCUGGUCUUGCGAGGCGAGGAGGAUUGUGCCCUCCUAAUGGAUUCCAAAAUAUGACUCAUUUUUGGAAUUUGAUUCUGAGUGUAAGCUUUACUUGGAAAGCAAUAUUUCAGUUUAGAGAAUACAGAUGCCUGAAACUACUAAUGCUGAUAAAUUAUCAGAACUAGAACUUGAGAAUGUUUAUGAUGAGUAGUGUGAGAAUGCUACUCAGUCAGUUGAGCUGCCUUUGCCGAGCAAUUCCUGGUUAGCCCAGGUUUAAUCCUGGUAAAUUCUUGGCAGCUAUUCAGUGGGGGAGUCGACUCUCACACAGUUUAGAGAUCCUGGCUACAAAAUAUCAGCGCAUUACAAGAAAUCCAGAAGACAACAGGUAGUUCAUCAACCGAGGAGAAACUCAAAGUUAGAGGUAUGGGCACCUUUGAAUCUCGUUCAAGUGGUAAAAGUAAGGCAUAUGGAGAAUUCACCACCAAGAGACUCUACGAAUCCUUCAAGGAAAAUAAUUAUCCUGACCGUGACGCAAAGAAGAAGUUCGAGCAAAGUGGUGGUUGGAUAAAAGCAUUACUUGAAGAAGCUGAGAAUGAGAGGAUACAUCUGAUAACUAUGGUGGAGAUAGUACAUCCUAAAUGGUAUGAGAAGUUGUUAGUUAUUUUCGUGCAGGAAGCGUUUUUCAAUUUUUACUUUGUGCUUUACUUGCUGUCCUCCAAGCUUACACACAGAGUUAUUGGCUAUCUUGAAAAGGAGGCUAUACACUCAUAUACUUUAUACCUUAAUGAUAUUGAUCAUGGUGAAAUUAAAAAUAUCCCUACUCUUGCGAUAGCAAUUGACUACUGGAGACUGCCUAAGGAUGAGACUCUAAAAGAUGUUAUGUCAUCCGUGCUGAUGAAGCUCAUCAUAGAGACGUUAACCAUUUCACAUCUCCAUGGGAGACAUAUCAGGCUAACUUGUCGAUUGAUCUAAGAAAGCACCAUGUUCCCAAGAAAUUCCUUGAUAAGGUUGCUUAUUGGUCGGUGAAAUUUCUCAGGAUUCCAACCGAUUUAUUUUUUUAAGAAAAGAUAUGGUUGUCGUGCAAUGAUGUUGGAAACAGUGACAGGUGUACCAGGAAUGGUGGGAGGUAUGUUGUUACAUCUAAGGUGGUUACGCAAGUUCGAGCUUCUAAGGCAAAGAAUUGGUGUUUGCAUUUCAUAAAGCAAGGAGGAGUGUUGAAAGUUGCUUUAAGAAUGCAACUGUUUUUUUUUUUCUCCUGCAGUUUUUUACGUACAAUCCUAAUUAAAUUAGGAGUCCUAUCUUUGGUAGGAAACUAAUUAGUUAUUUUAAUUUUAGCAGAAAUAAGUUGUUUUUUUGUCCUAUUUUUAGUUAUAAUAGCAACUAUUUAAGUUGGUAAUUUGAUGAUCAAUACAGACGGCUGUUACAAGAAAAUAAUCAACCUCUCUGCAUA